CCAUCAUCCCACGGUCAACCAUUGCGCACACGGGUCUUCACUCCCACACACACACAUGCGACACACGAAGACUGCACACACGCACACAUCAAGCCCACAAGUGCACUGCGUCGACACAUCAGCCAUUUAUGUGUGGCGGUGGUCAAAAGCCCAAAACCGACAGACAUGCAGACAGGAGCGCUACAGCCGAUGAUUCGCACACACUAAGGUUGAAUGCCCUACUAUCAGCUCCCCCCACCCAUAGUCAGCUCAGUGUGGUCGUCACCUUCCGGCUGCUGCGAGUGGUGCGGCUCUCCUCGACUGCUGGUGAUGGUGGUGGCGGCGUCUGUGUGAUGCCGCAAAGGCGCUCGAGGGCCUCGCUGAAGCCGUCUUGGUCGUUGCUGCUGACCAGGUGCUGUGCCACCGACCGGACAGACGCAUGAGCAUUGGCAGUGGCGACAGAGUGACCCGCCAACCUGAAAGCAAUCCAUCCAUCCAUCCAUCCAACCAUCCAGCAGCUGCUCUUCUGUCUCUGUGUGUGUCGUGAGCAAUGGACGGCUCACGUGAGCAUUUCCUUGUCGUUCUCGGCGUCGCCGAGGGCCAGCAUGUGACGCAGGUCCAUCUGUGCGGCAAUUAACAACGGAGGCACUCAUGACCGACCGACGCUUACGUACAUGCAGCCAACAACACCAACUCACUCACUGACCGACCUGCAUGUGCUCCAUCAGCCGCCUCACACCGUCGCCCUUAGACGCACCUGCGCACACAAACACAACACAUACACAUGAACGCAGCCGUGGUCGGCCCCCAUGCACCCACCUCACUCACUCACCCAGUGGCAGGAUUUCCAGCAUGGUGGGGAGUGCCUGUGUGAUGGUGGCCUUGCCGGCCAGCCGACCCUCCACCCACCCCCGCAGCGCAUCGAUCCGCUCCGCCUCGUCGAGAAUGAUGAACUUGUUCACGAGCAGCUCGCCUUGCCCAUUCCUCACACCCCUGGUCCCUGAGCUCUCACGACUGGUGUCACGACCUCUCAGCGCAUCGGUGAGUGGCCCGAUUGGGUGCGGCCGGGGCUCCUUGUAAGUGGCGAGCCGGUCGGUGUGGUGUGUCCGUUGCUCGCAGAGGAUGGCGUCGCCGCUGUAUGCCACAAACGAGGCCUCCAGGGAACGGCACAUCUCGACGACCGACUCAGACGUCGCGGCGUCCAUCGUCCGGGUAAAGACGAGAUCGUUCGGCCCGUCAGGGCCGUACACCAACAGCCCCUGCACACACAAACAACACACGCCUUUGGAUGACUUUGGGAAUCCCUGUUUCGGCUCACUCACGGACUUACGUUGAGAUACACGCCAGGCGACCCCUCUCGCCUCAGUUCUUCACCGAGGACUUGACCCAUGGCGUUGAAGGCCCCCGGCCGGCUCCUGCCUGUGGCCGGGAAGAUGGCAUAUCCUCUCCGCAUGGCCUCCCGAUAAGCCCACACAUUGGCUGGGGAGCACCCAUGGCUGCUGUUCAGAAAAGUGCCAUCGAAAUCUGACAAACAGGACACCCAAUAUCAUAAAUCCGUAUGCCUGUGCUCCCGCACUCUGCGCCGUGCGAACAAACACGCACCUGUGGCUAUGGCCCUGAUCACCGAGGUGCCGCUGCUGUGGUCAUUGAGAGAAGUGUUGUGGCGCCGCACGAGGGACGACAGGCGGCUGGCGGGGCGGCGGAGAGAGGCAGAUGGAGGGCAGUCAUGCCGGUGGGGGAAGGCUCGGAUGGAGGAUGGGAUGAGUAGGGAGAGCAGUAUCACCAGGAGGUGACGGGCGGCGAAGACAAUGGAAGAUGGCAGUGAGGCAGCUUCUGUGGCAGCUUUGUCCUGCUUCAUUCUGUUGUGGAGAUCUCUU